GUGCUCGGAGUCGGCAAUCAUCAGCCAUAUCUGUCACAUGUUAUAGGUGUUUAUAUUGAUUGCAUCUCUAUUUAGAAUAUUGUACACAGGAAAACAAUUUGUAAAUUGGAAGUAAAUGUAAAUGAAUACAAAAAUAUUAAUAAAGUUGUUUUAAUGACGGGGGAGGGGCUCGCCAGGAGCGUUCUUAUUCUGAGGCUGGGAUUUUAAGGGGUUUUCCAGUUUGAUGUGAUAAAAGCUUAAUAAUUGUAUGAUGUAAAUUCCUGCAGCUUUCUAAUAGACUGGCCUGUGCUCCAUUUCCACCACAUUUUCAAGAUCUCUGCUUGCUGUCAGUGAACAUCAACAUCCUUAUUUACAGCAUAUCCAAAGGCUGUACAGGGCUAAUACUUCUGACAGCUGAGGAUCUGUUACAAUGUAUCAGUCUGGGCAAUCCUUUGUGAGCUCAGCACAUCAAGCCUCUCUCAGCUUCUGAUAGUUUGCUACAAUGUAUCAGUGCAGUGUAAAAUGCACUGAGGAUUGUCUAGACUGGAAACAAUUGUAACAAACCCUCAGCUGGGAGAAGUAUUGGGUCAGACCAGGAUGUUUUCAUUCAUUGACUGACGACAGAGAUGUUGAAUAUGCGCUUUGAAUGGAGCUGCAGUGUGUAUGUGUGACCUGUACCCCAUGGGGUGAUCACCCCUUUAAUCUGCCUGCCGCUGCUGCUCUCAUAUUUCCUUCCUCCAGGGAACGAGCCGCUGAUCGUAAAGAAUCGGAGGUUCCGUAUUCGCCGAAUGGUUCGGGUGCGAAUAAAUUACACCCCGAAGAUCCGGGUUUCGAGGGCCUGGAAAACCUUCCCGAUGGCUGGAAAAAAGUCGUCACGCAGAGACGAUCCGGGAAAACCGCAGGAAAAUCUGACGUGUUGUAUGUGAGCCCCCAAGGAACAAAGCUCAGAUCUAAAUGCGCUCUUAUAAAAUACAUUGUUGCCAAUCGGCUCAGGGUGAAAUUAGAAGACUUUGAUUUCUCUGCUCGGAAGAGGUUAACAAGGCAGGAAAAGAAUGGGGCGGCCGAGGGAACCGCAUCGACAGAAGAUGGAUCGGCCGGCGUUAAAUCUCCGCUAAGAGAAGAUCGGACUGAGGCUUUAUACAGCAGCGGGGGGGUGCAGGACGCAGAGGACGAUGUAUCUACUGUAGGCGACAAGGAGAAGAAAGUCAACAUGAGAAAAGAUUGCGGCAGGAAAAGGGUGAGAAGUCUCAGAAGAGCAUCGGAAAGAGGGUUAAAGGACAGCGACAAAGCCAAACGACCAAGAAGGCGUUCAGCAUCGAAGCAGGAGGCGCUCCGAACACAAAGGAAGUAUAAUAAAAGGAAAGGAAACACGGAACACGCAGCGGAUGUGAUCAAUGGCCCCCAAUUAUCAGUGCCCAGCGAGACUCAAAAGCCAGAGGAGUCUAUAGACUGGAGUGGGAACACACAAGACCAGACCGUCUCCUGUACUUUACAGCAGCCUACUGACACUGAGCAGGAGGAAGGAGCAAGUGAUUCCAACCUGGAGAACAGUGACCAAGAUCCCAUCCCAAGAUCACAGGUGGAAAAGAGAAAGACCAGCCCGUAUUUCUCCAAAAAGGCCCUAAGUGAAGCUAUGGAGCCGCCUCGUAGGAAAGCCUUCUCCAAGUGGACUCCUCCUCGUUCUCCUUUUAAUUUAGUCCAAGAAACGCUCUUUCACGAUCCAUGGAAGCUUCUCAUCGCCACCAUCUUCUUGAACAAGACGUCAGGAAAAAUGGCUAUACCUGUCCUGUGGAGUUUCCUGGAGAAGUACCCGAGCCCAGAAGUGGCCAGAGCCGCAGACUGGAAGGAGAUGUCCGAGCUUCUGCAGCCGCUUGGACUCUAUGAACUCCGAGCGAAGGCUAUAGUCAGGUUCUCAGAUGAAUACCUGACAAAGAAGUGGCGGCACCCUAUCGAGCUUCACGGAAUUGGAAAAUAUGGGAAUGACUCUUAUCGCAUCUUCUGCGUGAACGAGUGGAAAGAGGUGCAUCCGGAGGAUCAUAAGCUGAAUAAGUAUCACGCCUGGCUGUGGGAGAACAAGGAGUCGCUGGGAUUAAGCUGAUGGUCGUACACUUGUAUUAUAUUUUUAUGUUCCCUUGGUACAUCAUUUAUUAUGUCAUCUUUCAUUUCUUUGUGCAGUUUUAAAUUUUUAGAGCUUUUAUCACCGAUAAAAAAAUAAAAAAAUGGUAAUAAAAUCUAUUUUGUAUAUUAAA